CGCUCCUCCUCAGUCUCCAUCGUGGAACGGCGGAACUUUGUCGUCGACAGCUCUUCAUUCGUUCGUUUCCUCCUCUUUUUCUGCCUACCACUUCUUUACUGACGAGCUAAACCGUCACGCGCAGCCAGCCAUAGAAGCGUCGUGUGCAAAAUAGCUCGCUUGCCACCUCGACUCCGAGUUCACAAGAAACCUUAACUAUUUUAACUGCUGAGCAUGAACAUCCAGGGGAAUCGGCAGUAAAUCCAUUACUCACAGACGUGCGUCGUGCGGAGGCUCAGUCGCUCCCGCUACCAACGUAAGAUAGUGCAAGUGGACGUUACAAGAGGAGCAGUAGCUGACUGCAAGAAGUCGAGUUAGGAAGAGGUAACGAAUGUUUGCAAGUGGCUCACUGGUCAUUUUGGAGAGCAGCCGCCCGCAGCUGAGCAACCUGAGCGCCAAGGCUCGCCGCUCUGAGUCCAGCCCCGAGCAUCGCUCGUCUGGACAGCUUGCCUUCUGACUCAUUUCUUCGACACCGUCACAUCAAGCCUCCAUCAUUCCGUCGAUAACCGAGUGCGGGCCCGCAGGGUGGCGAUCGUCCGAUAAGGGUUCCGUUUGCGAUAGGCUGGUCGACCAGUCUGUUGGGUGUUUGAGCAGCAGCGGCAACUGGAAGUUGGCCCUGAACGCAGAGCCCCCGUGGCUUUGCUAGCACCCCUAACACUCAUUUUGCUUCGUCACCCUACCUCCCCACGACUCUCAUCAUUUUAAUUGACAGCUGCCUCUUUGCUGCCUAGCUAUCGUAGAGUUUUAUAGUUUAUUAUUUACUCCCUAAACUAAUCAAAAUGAAGGUAACCAACCUGGACGAACGCAUUCACGUUCUGAACAACACUUCCACUUUGAUGACCGUGGUAAAGGACAUCGCUAACAGUGGUUUGCAAGAAGAAGCAUUUUACGUACUUGACAUCGGAGAUAUAGUACAGAAACACCAAAUAUGGAAAGAGAAACUACCUCGCGUAGAUCCUUUUUAUGCUGUUAAAUGUAACGACAGUCUUACGGUAUUGGAAGUACUUGCUUCACUCGGAGUCGGUUUUGACUGUGCAUCCAAAAAUGAAAUCAAUAAGGUUCUGGACAUUGGCAUUGACUCAUCUAGAAUUAUUUUCGCCAAUCCAGCCAAGCCAGCUUCGCAUAUCCGUCAUGCUGCUGCCGUCGGAGUUGACCUUAUGACUGUCGAUAAUGAGAGCGAAUUGCACAAAAUCAAGAAACUCUUCCCUUCGGCUAAAAUUGUUCUCCGCAUUCGCUGUGAUUCAGAGGUGGCCCAAUGCCAACUAGGCAUGAAAUUCGGUUGCGAUCCAACUUUCGAAGCCCCGAAUCUACUUCGCACUGCACGCGUGUUGGAUCUUGACGUGGUUGGAAUUAGCUUCCACGUCGGCUCUGGUUGUCAAGAUCCUCCAGUUUUCAAUCGAGCUAUAUGUCAUGCUAAGAGCCUCUUUGAUCUGGCCAUCGACAUUGGAUUUAAGCCUUACCUCCUCGAUCUCGGCGGUGGUUAUCCGGGGAACAAGGGUACAAGCAUCGAUAAAAUCGCCGAUGUCGUCAAUCAUGCUCUCGAUGAGUAUUUUCCAUCUGAUGACGUGCACAUCAUCGCUGAACCAGGUAGAUUCUAUGUUGCAUCAGCUUUCACUUUAGCAACAGCUAUCCAUAGCAAACGCUCCGUUCGCGCUGAUAGUGAAUCUCCAUCCACGGUGACCCACAACAUGUACUACAUCAACGACGGUGUCUACGGAUCUUUCAACUGCCUACUUUACGAUCACCAGCACGUGGUACCGUUACCAUUGCGCCCUGGCCAUGGAAAGUUGAUUCCGUCAAGUAUCUGGGGUCCUACAUGUGAUGGCCUCGAUCAAGUCGUGGAAAACGUUCUGAUGCACGAAAUGGAACUUGGCGACUGGAUUAUCUUUGAAAAUAUGGGAGCUUACACUUUACCUGUUGCUUCUCCAUUCAAUGGUUUUCCGAUUCCGAAAGUCCACGUUGUCGCUGAAGAACACAUCUGGCUUUUACUGAAAGAUGCUCUGCCCUUGACUGAAGAGCACUUUGUACUUGGCGAUACUCCAGCCAAUUUGCGCCUUGGUUUGGAUAUUGGAGGAACAGAUGUUAACGCAUGGAAUGACCCAACCAUGGAAUUAGCUUCAUCUGAAAUAAGCUCAGAAGAGGAGAUUUUAGUGGAUUCAGCUACUCCCCCACCUUUCAUCUAUGACUACGUUGAGGUAGAAACGCUCAACUGAGAAUGACGCACAAUAUUUAAAAAUAAGUCUCAAUAUUACAUUGAAAACACUCGGCCUUACGUAGUACUUAAUCAUAGUGCAUUUUAAAAUAAUAUUUACAGUUACAGACGUAACAUUCCUUCUUUAUAGCAAAAAUUAAAACACUGCGGUGUAUUAAAUGUAAUAUUUUGUAAGUAAGCGCUGGGUGUUUCAUUGUAAAUAAGAGAUUUUAUCAAUGUUACAAAAGAUAAGUACAACGUAAAUUUGACUGCGCGCUUAUGAAAAUUAUGAAAUUUAUAAUGCUUAUGUUAAUUUGAAAAGAGAUACUAUACAUUCUUUGCCGUAGUAUAGCAAUACAUUUUAAAAGUAGUCAUUUGAAUAAUUUAUUGGAGAAAACACGUAAUUUGUGGUCUUUAAUGUUGCUGUAAUUAUUUUAUUGGCUGUAAAAAGUCUUAUAGAAAUUUCUUCUUAGGAUACACAAUUUUUUUAUUGAAGAUGGAUCAACAACGUCAAAGACCAUAAUAACAUGUUCCAAUUGAAAAAUUCGAAGGGAUCAGCAAAAACAUUUUUAAACAAAGAUUAAGUAAUUCGAGUAUUUAAGUAAUUAAUGAAAAAUUGGUGAUAAAGUAAAGUGCAGUCGACGAUAAAAAGAAACGUAACAAUGGUUGUAACGUUAUCGUUGCUCUUUUUCUCGUGUGCAUGCAUAUUCGUGUUAAACAUAUUAAUGUCUAUUUCUCGAGUAGCAGUAUACGGUAUUGAUGAUUCUUAGUACAUCGACAUUGUUUAAAUUUCAAAGCAUUUAACAUUCAAAAAAAUGCAUGCGUCGUUCUAGACGAAUAUAAAAUCAUGCGAGACACGUGUAAACCGAGUUGACGAUUUCGUGAAUAUUUUCUUACUGCCUUUUGCAUUUCUUUUACGUCGUACAAUUAUAUUUUUGCUUUCUUUGUAAUUAUUAUUUCAUUGACUACAGUCAACGUCAUGAUUUCAUGACAUUAGCCUGUAUUACAACGCUGAAAAGCGAAAUACCUUUUCAUGAAAGUCAAAUGGAAGCAUUGUGCAAAGUUUUUAAUAUUAUAUGUUAAGGAUACAAACUGCAUAAUAACUAUUUUUAAGAAAGAAAAACCACCAACAUUAUAACAUUUGGAUUUUGUUUUUAAAAGAAUGCGUUCACAGCGCAAAGUUUUAGAAAAAAAAUGCAAUUAAAUCCAUGUUCGUUUCCAGCUGAAGAAAAUUGGGAAUGCAAAAUUUCACUCUGUAGGUAUGCUAGAAUUUUUAAAAAAGCAUUGAGGCAGCUGUCAUAGAAGCAAAAACUGAUAAUUAGGUUUCCUUAUUUUUAUUAUUAUAAUUAUUGUAUUAUACUUAUCAAUUAAUUAUUAUUUUAAUUAUGAUUGUUGUUGUUAAUUGUAAAUUCGUGAGGUUUCACGUGUAAUGAACUGCAGUAGACAAAUAAAUUGUGUUUGCAGACGUA